CACACAACAUGUACGUAACGUAAGCAACGCAUAGCAAAUUAGCGUCGCGUACUGUAAUUGUGAGUGAUGCGCUUUCUUCAGCAAGUGAUUCCAGUACGUAUGUCUCGAUUUCUGGAGGCAUUUAGAUACGUUUCGAAGCAAUUUUCCAGUGUUUUUGGGCAAGAAGAACAUAGAUCUACAUCUGCACCGACAGAAAUGUAUGAGCAGGAGCAACAACAUUUCGAAAGCAGGAUUGAAUGUGGCAUCUGCUUACAGCCACGCCUUAAGAUGGUGACUGGAAAAUGUCAGCAUAGGUUCUGCGUUGGAUGCAUGUAUGACAGCAAAGAAACGAGAAGGGAAGGAAUGAAGAAAUGUCCGUCCUGUCAACAGGAUUCUGCGUUUCCAACUGUCAGACCUGUGAUUCCUGAAGACUUGAUUGAAAUCCAGAGGGCGCUAGGAGUACGUAAAUGUGAGAGGUGCGGAGAUGAGAUGUGGAUCAGAGAGCUUCUUGAUCACCAGAGAACCUGUGUUGAAUCCCCACUUCCUACCGCUGACAGUGGCAAUAGAAGAUGCAAAAAGACUCCCAACUCGUGUAAACGUGACGGUCGUGUUCAGAAGCGUUCCCAUUCAUCCAAGAAGGGAUACGAGGUCAAGAAGUUGUUGGAUGACCUUGGGUCGGGGCCAGGGGUCACGACACGGAGCAGCAGAAGUCCCUGUAUGCUUGCCCUAACGGGAGGGAUGUCUGAGCGUUCACGGAGAGCUGCGAGAAAAGAAAAACAGAAAACAUGAAGAUUAGAUAGUUUAGUCGACUCUUUAAAACAAAUUGAAGUUGCAUUGAACAGUGGAUUGUCAAACUGCACUAUGCAUUGAUUAAUCUACAGAACUGCUGCAUCAAAUCAUUUGGUUGGCAAUGUGCUUGUGCUGAGAACUGAGAUUCUGCCUAUCUCUCUUUUUUCAAUUGGUUUAGUACCUGAUGUACAUUUUUCUCACAGAUUAUUAUAGAUAUAGUUUUACAUAUAUAUAUAUAUAUAUAUAUAAUGAGUGAUGUUGUAUUGUAUCUGCACAUGGUUUUGUGCAAGUUGUUGUCGACUGAAAUUGUGUUCAGAUUAGUACAGUCGUAACUGCUAAAAAAAUUAACAGUAAAUAAUACAGUCAAUGGACCGUACCAUAAACAGGGGCAAUUGCUUGUGCUAGCCUUUUGCUUGAAUUUGUAUGCAUAAAAAUAUGCAAAAUUUUGAAGCAAAAGCUGUUGCUAGUAGGAAGAAGCUAGUUAAAGAUCGAGCAAUUGCUUAAAACAUGUGCAUAACACAAACCGUUUGCUUGUUCUUGUAAGCAAUUGUUUAUGUUUUUUCAAGCUCCGUCAUACCAGCUUGAGCUCUUGCUUAAUCAGGAUGUUCACAUUUAAGCAUUGUGUUCAUGCUCAUAAGAAGAGCAAAACCAAAGUUAUACAGUAUGCCCCUGAGACCUAACAGAAACUAUUUCAUAUGGACAAGUAGAACGUUGCAUAGUAGCGGCAAACGAUGGAAUCACAACAAAUUUUUUUGAUAAUUUUGGCCGUCUGCGGUCGAUAGUGGAUUCGUCCGCGACAAUUGAAGGCAACACACAUAUGAUUGGUUGGAAUUCAAUAUUGCAAUUCGCAGCUUAAUGUAGCUUGCGUGUGAUUCAUGCCUGAACAUAAUGAAACGGGAGGAUGUCCGACACAUGUAGAGAGCAUAGAGGCCAGUACUAUACGAAACCUGCCUUUGUUCUCCCAUGAAUGGUGUUCACACUGGCUUGACGUACCGGGUAGUUAUUUUUAACCAUUAAGCAAUUGCUUGCUGAAGGCAGGGAAAAGGUUUGAGCUACUUUUUAUGCAGUGUCAUCGGCCUUUGUGCCUUUUGUAUCUUAUGAUAUUUGUAUCUUAUGACUUUCUGAACAGACUAUCAGGUACGAAUAAAGGUUCUGGAAAUUAUGAAGUGUUACAUGUUUCUGGUAAAUUACCAAUUUUUAUUUAUCAUGUUGGUAUUCUGAAAACCAAUUGAUCUUUCAUUGCAUGGAAAGUAUGCAUAGGCCCCACGUUCUUGAGUUGAAACUUGAGGGCCGUUAUGCAUGGGACCGCUGUUCGUGUCAAGCCCUGAUAAAGAGUAACACUUUCUGGCAACUUAUUUUUAUUUUUUGAUCCUUUCAGUGGUCUGGCAGUCUCUUUUUGGUUGCUGUGGGACCUCGAGUCACCAUUAAUAUCAAGCUAUGCAUUAUUGAUCACAUAUAUCCGAUUGACGAUAUCUAAUCAUAACCCUACAAGAUUACUCUAUGGUGCUAGUCCUUUGAUUGCCUGUUUGGAAACAAUCUUGCAUGUUAACCUUCUAGUAAAGAGUAGAGUUAGGUCAAAACAAGUGAAUACAUUCGUAAUUUCUUGUCCUAAUUUUCUACGAACUAGACUAAUUAGGCGAGAGCUUGUUGGAGUUGUUCCAAUUGCAUUGUUUGAAAAUAAUUUCUUCACUUGACCUUUUUGAAGAGUACUUAAAGAAAAAAGGUGUAGAGCUUCAUAUAUUGUUCAAUGUUUGUUUAUGGCUUCAGAAAAGUUAAGAAACACUCCCUUGAUUGCGUUACAUGUUCAAGAAAAUAUCUUAAUUAUGGUGUUUUGAUGUUUGUUGUUAUGUUUGUAAAAAUGUUAUUGAUCUUCAAUUCUACAUGUAUUUUCUUGAUUACCUGGGUACGUUUUGUUUUGUGGAUUGGUGAAUAUGCAGUACAGACAUGGAUAUCCAUGUUUAUUAUUUGUCUUAGCCAUGCAACACAUUUUGUCAGAGAUCUUCUUCAUCCCUUAAACCAAAACUGCAGUGGUAUUAGCCUCCUUUUCAGUUUCUGAAAAUUCUUGUAUUAUUUUGGUAUGAAUAUUUAAUAUUCCUUUCAGUUAUAAUGAAACCUUUUUUUAAUGAAUAUUAUGGUUGACAAAUCUAUAAUGUAGUGUUCUAUCCAUUUAAUUGUGAUAUUUAUUACUUAUUUAAAUAAUUUUGUUAAAAUUUGAAUUUUCAUUUUGAAUUAAUUUGUUUAUUUAAUUCUGUAUUUUCGAUCGAACAGUUCAUAGCUUAUUUAAAUAGCUGGAUGUUUCUCCUAAGCAUCCUCAGAUAAGGAAUCAGAAUAUCCUAGUAUGUAUGAUAAUAUUUUAAAGUUUUUAAUCUGCCUGGCAUUUUUUAAUGAUUUUCUUUCUCAUACGGGACAAGCCUGCUGCAAACUGGUCAGUUAAAAAGCAGUUUUUAUUAAAAGUAUACAUCCAAUUCUAAUACCUUGGUAAACUAGUUUAUAUAUCAGAUAAUCUAGGUAAAUAUGCUGUUGAAUCCUGUUAUCACAAAAGUCAUUGUAUUGAAUGCAUAACCAUCCCUUACAUAUUUUUUUUAAUUCCUGUAUAUUACCCAAACAAAAAUAUUGUGGCAAUGCACAUAGUUGCAUGAAUCUCAUUACAACAGAAUUUUUACUCAUAAGCUCGAUGUUGUGUUUGGUCUUGUUAAUUUACCAGUGUAAUAAAAAAUGUACUCUUUGCAAGUGUGUGAAAGAAUGACACGCACAUAAACAGAUUAUGAUAUACUUUGUUACUUUAUUAGUAUUCUCUGUAUGCACAGCUAGUAAUUUACAUGUCUUUGUUUUGUAAACAUCAAAAUAUUCUUUGUUUCAGUGGUAUACUUCAAAUUACAAAACAAAUAUUAAAACUUUGCAAAUAACUAUACAUUAAUAGUCAAUGUUAUCUUUACAAAUGCUUUCAGUAGAGACAUAAAGAUGCAAUAUCUUCUGUUCGCCCAUGUUUGAGGUGGGGGUAGUCAUAGACGUAAAUUUCUUAGAAUUAAGACUUGAAAACAAAAGAAUGAGCAAACCAUAACGUUGAGAGUUGUAGUUGUGAUAAAUGUGAUAAAAAAUGGCCACCAAAUGGGCAAGUGAAUGCCACAACAAGGGUAACUGAAUUGAGCGUCGGGUCGAUAGAUCAUAAAUCUUUCUUUUUUCUUCAAUGAAUCAUUUCUGAUGUUUACCUUUAACUUAGACAAUUAAGCUGCUUCCAUGUUGUUAACAUUCGCUUCAGAAGAACAACACCUUAGGAGCAGGGAAACAUAAACCUCCUCCAUAUGAGUUGCUCAAAUGUCAAUACCCCUCGUCCAUACCCAUCCACCCCCUAAGAUUAUACGAUGAAAGAGCUGUAAUCCCAAGGAUGAGCUUUAUUUCUAGCAAUCGAGUUCAGUUAUACUUAAAUUAACCUCAUAUGGUAUCGGGGAAAAGAGAAUGAUGAAGGCCUUAUGUGACUAGAAGAGUUGGGACACACAAAAGUGGAUUUAUUUGGUUAUGUUCACAUUGUAAUCUGCCCCUGCAGCAUAAUAAUAGGCGUGGCUCCGAGAGUACAGACUUGUUUGCAAACAAGGAAUAUGCACUAUAAACCACACAUAGAUGUAAUGGCACAAGGUACCAUACAUAGACGAUAGAACUUGCUAUCAAUGAUACAAUUCAUACAUGUACAUAAGGUUGUUGAGCUGAUUCCAUGAGUAUGCAUGCUUUAGUGGAAGAAGUUGUUGGAA